AUGGUCAACUCCUGUUGUGGCUCCGUCUGCUCUGACCAGGGCUGUGGCCAAGGCCUCUGCGAGGAGACCUGCUGCCGCCCCAGCUGCUGCCAGACCACCUGCUGCAGGACCACCUGCUGCCGCCCCAGCUGCUGCGUGUCCAGCUGCUGCCGCCCCAGUUGCUGUGGUUCUAGCUGCUGUGGAACCAGCUGCUGCCGUCCCAGCUGCUGCAUUUCCAGCUGCUGCCGUCCCUCUUGCUGUGGUUCUAGCUGCUGUGGUUCCAUCUGCUGCCGCCCCAGCUGCUGCAUCUCCAGCUGCUGCCGCCCUUCUUGCUGUGGAUCUAGCUGCUGUGGUUCCAGCUGCUGUCGCCCCAGCUGCUGCGUCUCCAGCUGCUGCCGUCCUUCUUGCUGUGGAUCCAGCUGCUGUGGAUCCAGCUGCUGCCGCCCUUCUUGCUGUGGAUCCAGCUGCUGUGGUUCCAGCUGCUGCCGCCCCAGCUGCUGCAUCUCCAGCUGCUGCCGUCCUUCUUGCUGUAAUCCCUGCUGCUGCCGCCCCUGCUGCUGCCUGCGCCCAGUCUGUGGCCAAGUCUGCUGCCACACCUCCUGCUACCGCCCAACCUGCGUCAUCUCCACCUGCCCCCGCCCCACCUGCUGCACUUCCUCCUCCUGCUGCUGA